AUGUCUCGUUUGUGGGACGUUAGCAAAGCCGCUUGGUUGUACCCCUUUCGAGGAAUCUAUUAUUUCUCGAGGCAUCGGUUUCUAUGGCCUCUGCUUCGAGCGCGUCUGAUCCCAAUCGUUCUACUUUCCGCCUUCAUCUAUGUUAAUCUCUUCCUAUUCACGUACUUACCGCAAGUUGCCUUUCUCGCAAUCUUUCAGGGCGCCGGCGCCUGGGUUAAUGGUGCAUUCCUCGUCCUUGGAGAGGGAGCUGCCAUUGUAGCUGCACUGUUCGAGGCCUUCUUUGUCGACGAAAGUCUGGUGGACAUCUUCGACGCCGUACUCGUGAAUGAGGGCCACGCCGAGCUCGUCACCACGUCCAGAGUCUUCUAUCCCCAAGGCGAUGACGUCGUCAAACGCCUGGGUAAACCCACGCACAGCGCGGUUUAUUCCCCUUUCUCUCUACGGCAAAUUGUCGAGUUUGUUAUGCUAUUACCUCUGAACUUCAUUCCUAUCGCAGGAACUCCGAUGUUCCUCCUCCUGACUGGUUAUCGAGCGGGACCAUUUCAUCAUUGGCGGUAUUUCAAAUUGCUGGACCUCUCGAAGAAGCAGAGAAAGGAAUGGGUUCGUUGGCGGCAGCUGCAGUACACUAGUUUUGGAACAAUCGCUCUUAUUCUGCAACUGAUCCCUGUUCUGUCGAUGUUCUUUCUCAUGACGACUGCAGCUGGGUCUGCUCUCUGGGCUAGUGAGAUUGAGAACAAACGGCUCACUCAACAAGAACGACUCGACAGCACCCUUGAUCCUUAUCACGAUGAUGGUGAUGUUUGA